AUGGGAGAUCCUCAACGGCUCGUUAAUCAAGCGUCUCUCCCUUUCAAUCUUACAGAUGUGGAUCGCAAAGUCCUUUCACAAACGGAUGAUGAAUUCGUCUUCCACGACUGGGCCGACCUCAAGAACAUCAUAGCGGCAAAUAACCUCGAGGUAUUCAGACGGAAACCCAGUGACCUAUUGCGUUACAUCGCCUGGACAAACGAUGUCAAGGCGCAGUACGGGUCGAUAACAAACUACAUCUGCAAAGAGCGGCUGCACUGGCCCCUUGAUCCCUCCAAGGAUCCAACCUCCCAGUGCCGGAAUCCGAUUCCUUUCGCUGAUCCCAGUGACUUCAAGAUCCUGCGGAAUGACUGGCCCUACGGCCUUACCCCAGAUGUCACGCAUCUGGUCGUGUGGCUGAAAAACAGCAUCCCCGUCAACGCAGAAAAUGGCGAUUUGACUUCUGAAUCUCGUGCGCUCAUUGACAGAUUUAUCAGACAGUCAUUUAUCGCGAGGCUCGAGAAGCUCUUCCCCGAUGCGGAAGAUAGGGUUAUGUGGUUCAAGAACUGGACGGCGCUUCAGAGCGUGAGGUCAGUUGAACAUGUCCAUGUUCUUGUCCGAGAUGUCCCCGAUGAGAUUAUUGUUGAGUGGACUGGGGAGAGCAGGAGGAGUUAG